AAUUCGAGAGAAGAGUGAGGGUGAGAGAGGGCGAGCAGAGGAUGCGAGAGUAGCGACUGGGAGGGGAGCACAGAAGAGAGAGAGAGAAGAGGAAGGUACCACGCAGGAAGAAAAGGGGGAGUGCGUGAGGGAAAAGUGCAGCGGAGGAGCACGAGAGGGGAGUAAAGAGCACAAAGGCCUAAAGGGAAGAGGCGAAAAGAAAGUUCGGAAAAGCGACACAAAGGGACCAUAAGAGCUUUGUCUUCUGUACUCAGAGGGAAACAUCAUGCUGCUCUUCUCCUCUGUGCUCUUCUCUCUCCUGCUGGUUUCUUCCAGACAGCAAGAAAGCGAGGGGCCCAACAGCUACACGGUAACGGAAUGUACAGAUGGUUAUGAGUGGGACCGUGAAAGACAGCACUGCAGAGACAUCAAUGAGUGUCAAACCAUUCCUGAUGCUUGUAAGGGUGAGCUGAAGUGCAUUAAUCAUUAUGGAGGUUAUCUGUGCCUUCCUCCCUCCGCAUCUGUAAUAAGUGACUCUCAGACUGAACAGGGAACAUCUGAACUUCAACCACCUGUGGAUCAUGAACUUGACCAGCGCCCCAAUACUUGCCCUAGUGGAUACCAGCUUGACCCACAGGGUCAGGGCAGCUGUGUGGAUGUUGAUGAGUGUGAACACCAGCUUCAUGAUUGCCUUCCAAGCCAGGAUUGCAUUAAUAUGCUUGGUAGCUAUCACUGCAAGUGUCCAGAGGGCUACAGGAAGAUUGGGAAUGAGUGUGUAGACAUAGAUGAGUGCCGAUAUCGAUACUGCCAACACCGAUGCGUUAACUACCCAGGUUCUUUUGUUUGUCAGUGCGAGCCUGGAUUUCAGCUGGCAUCAAAUAACCGCUCCUGUGUGGAUGUUAAUGAGUGCUCAAUGGGCACUCCCUGCCAGCAAAGGUGUUAUAACACCUAUGGGACAUUCCUGUGCCGCUGCAAUCAGGGCUACGAACUGAGCCAUGAUGGAUAUACCUGCACUGAUAUUGAUGAGUGCAGUUAUUCCAGUUACCUUUGCCAGCAUCAGUGUGUGAAUGAGCCCGGAAGCUUCUCCUGUAGUUGUCCCGAAGGAUACCAGCUUUUAGGCACCCGACUGUGCCAAGAUAUCAAUGAGUGUGAACUUGGGACCCAUAGCUGCUCAGAACAGCAGACCUGUGUCAACUUUCAUGGGGGUUACCAAUGCGUGGAAAAGAAUCGCUGCCAGGAACCUUUUAUCCAAGUGUCUGAAAACCGCUGUAUGUGUCCUGGGACCAAUCCCCUGUGCCAUGAUGAACCGGGCUCUGUGGUGUAUAGAUACAUGAGCAUCACAUCAGACAGAAGUGUGCCCUCUGAAAUAUUCCAGAUACAGGCAACCAGCGUCUACCCUGGAGCUUAUAACAUAUUCCAAAUCCGCUCAGGAAAUGAGCAAGGAGAGUUCUUCAUCAGGCAAAUCAACAACCUCACAGCUAUGCUUGUCCUGGCCCGCCCUGUCAUUGGCCCCAAAGAGUAUGUACUGGAUCUGGAAAUGCUAACCACCAAUUCUCUGCUGAGUUACCGCUCCAGCUCUGUGCUUAGACUCACCGUGUUUGUGGGAGCUCAUUCCUUCUAGAUCCAUGUGAAUUCACAACAGAAUUACUAUGUAUAAACUGUUCCUUUUUUAUCUAA